CCUUUCACCACUCCGCUUAAAUUGGAUAUAAAAGUUUCUACACAUUUCAUAUAAUAAAUGUAGCCAUUCCAUUUAGGAAAGUAUAUUUCAUUUGGCAUGAUCCAUAUGGGAAGUAGAGCACUUAAUUAGAAGUGCAUCUUAAUAAGCCUUCGUAUCUGAUUGCAAAAUCUGCAGCGUCUAUCUCUAUUUCUUGGAGAAGGGAGGGUGCGAAAAUAUCUUUCCUCCACGGGUUUUGGGGUUGGAUAAUUAUCAAUCUGAGUUUGUGAUCAAACUCCUAACUGUUGAAGAAACUAGUUUUCCUGUACCUUACAUUGAUCAUGGAACUGUGUUUAUGAUGGUAAACAUAAUCCACUUUCGCAAAGGUCCAACUGAGUUUUCUCAUUAACGGUAAAUGGCUGUGAAGACUUGCAACAAAAGCAGGACAGUUUGGGGAGAAAAGUGAUUGGAGCAGAGUAUAGAAGAGAUGGGGACAGGUACCCCUUCUGUUAAAGGUUUCCUUGCAUCUUAUACCUGCUUUGGGUGCAAGCAUGGCACUCUACGACAUGAUUGUGCUAAUAAAAAAAAUGCUUGACAGUAAUCAUGUUCAAUAUCAUGAAUGGCUCUUCAGGUUCUCACAAUUCUCAGUUUGGGCUACCAUUCUGCUGGUCUUGAAGUGUGGGUACUGCUAUAUUGUUUGCUGCAACCCCAUCUUAUGUGUUUGGUGGAUGUUGAAAUUUCUUCUUUUAGUACCUCAUUUACAAAGAGAUUUUACUUCUCUUCAGGUUCUACUAUGUCUUAAAGAAAGCUUCACUGCUUUAAUGGAUAUGUGUUUUGGAGUUUCGAUUAAUAUAAUCAGAGCUACAGCAAGGCCUCAGAGUAGUAGUUGCGUGGAGGAGGAGUUACUUCUGCCGAGUAAAAUGGACAGUGGUCAAGGUAGCUCCAGAGGAGUGUCAAAGGGAAUUAUAUGCAACUGCUGGGAUCUGAUAGCAUUCAAAUCUAUCAAACCCGUAAUGGAAUGUGGAGUCAAAAGGCAACUUAACUUUGAAGAUUUGCUUGAGCUACCCAUUGAUAUGGAUCCUUCAUCCUGCCACACUUUGCUGUUGACAUGCUGGAAAGCUCAACAAAGAAACGAACAUUCUCAUCCUUCAUUAAUCAAAACAAUAUGUCGUGCUUAUGGAUGGCAAUAUUUCCGUCUAGGUCUUCUGAAGGUGCUUAAUGACUGUCUCGGUUUUGCGGGUCCAUUGCUUCUCAAUAAGUUGAUUCGCUUCCUCCAGCAAGGUUCGAGAGACUAUGAUGGCUAUAUUCUUGCACUAUCCUUGGGCCUUUCUUCUGUCUUGAAAUCGUUCCUUGAUACACAAUAUACUUUUCAUCUUUCAAAGCUCAAGCUCAAGCUAAGAUCCAGUAUCAUGAGUCUUAUUUAUGGAAAGUGUCUUUCUGUUAGUUUGGCUGAGAGAUCAAAAUUUUCGGAAGGAGAGAUUCAGACAUUUAUGUCCGUGGAUGCUGAUCGAAUUGCGAACCUGUGUAAUAGUUUACAUGAUGUGUGGAGUUUGCCAUUGCAGAUUGGAAUUGCUCUUUAUCUGCUGUAUACACAAGUCAAGUUCGCAUUUCUUUCUGGAAUAGCUAUAAUAAUCUUGCUAAUACCAGUUAACAAGUGGAUUGCAAAUGUUAUUGCGAAAGCUACACAGAGCAUGAUGGAGCAAAAGGAUGAAAGGAUUAGAAUGACAUCGGAGAUUUUAACACACAUACGCACUUUGAAAAUGUAUGGUUGGGAACUACUUUUUGCAAGUUGGCUAAUGAAGACGAGAUCAGAAGAAGUGAAACACCUAUCAACUAGGAAAUACUUGGACUCGUGGUGCGUUUUCUUCUGGGCAACAACACCAACACUUUUCUCGUUGUUCACAUUUGGACUCUAUACUUUGAUGGGCCAUCAACUUGAUGCAGCAACGGUUUUCACUUGUGUCGCACUGUUUAACAACUUGAUUUCUCCAUUAAAUUCAUUCCCUUGGGUCAUCAAUGGGUUAAUUGAUGCUGUUAUAUCUUCUAGGAGGUUAUGCAAGUAUUUAUCCUGUUUUGAGCAGGAGACAAACAUGGAAGAACCAAACAAUUGUUCAAUUUUCUCUUGCUCUAAUAAGCAGAACAAAUUACAAGAUAUGGCUGUUGUCACCCAUGAUGCAUCUUGCACAUGGUCGAGCAGCGACCAGAACGAAAUAGAUUUGGUUUUGGAUCCUGUUAAUCUUCUUAUUCCAAAAGGUUUACUGGUUGCAGUAGUUGGAGAGGUUGGGUCAGGGAAAUCAUCCUUGUUGAAUUUGAUUUUGGGGGAAACGAGGUUAAUUAAUGGAUCUGUGGACCGGAAUGGUUCUAUAGCAUAUGUUCCGCAGGUUGCUUGGAUUCUCUCAGGAACUGUACGUGAUAACAUUUUGUUCGGGAGAGAGUAUGAUCCAAGGAGAUACUCAGAAGUUUUACGAGCUUGCUCCUUGGACUUCGAUAUUUCCAGAAUGACAGGAGGUGAUAUGGCCUUUGUUGGAGAGAAAGGAUUUAACUUAUCUGGUGGACAGAGAGCUCGUCUUGCACUUGCCAGAGCUGUUUAUCAUGAUAAGGAAAUUUACCUGCUUGAUGAUAUCCUUAGUGCAGUUGAUGCACAUGUUGGUUGUUCAAUUUUACAUAAUGCAAUUCUUGGCCCUCCAAUGAAUCAGCAGACGCGCAUCCUUUGCACACAUAAUAUUCAGGCAAUAUCUGCCGCAGACUUGGUAAUUAUGAUGGAUAAAGGACAUGUAAAGUGGGUGGGAAAUCCAAUUGAGUUUUCUUGCCCCUCUGAUGUAGCAUUCUCAACAAUCGAUGAACUUAGCAGUUGUUCUGAAGUUCAACAGCAGGAUAAAAGAUCAAAUAUUUCUAGUGAGAUCCAGCAGAAAAUUUCAGAGGGUGAUUUUAUCUGUACUCCUGAUGGAAAUCAAGUGACUGAUGAAUCAGAGGCUCGGAAUGAAGGAAAAGUCGAAGUCAUUGUAUACAAGAGCUAUGCUGCUUUUGCUGGUUGGUUCAUCACAGUUUUAACAUGCCUCUCUGCGGUUUUCAUGCAAGCUUCUCGUAAUGGAAAUGAUAUGUGGCUCUCGUACUGGGUUGAUGCAAGUGGAAGAAACCAGAAAGCUUAUUCAACAACUUUUUACCUGGCUGUACUCUCUCUUUUCUGUCUGGCAAAUUCCUUGUUAACUUUAGUGAGGGCAUUUUCAUUUGCAUUUGGUGGUCUACGUGCCGCUGUUAAGGUGCAUGAUCGAUUAUUACAGAACCUUAUGAGUGCGCCUAUUAGCUUCUUCGAUCUAAACCCAUCUGGAAGAAUUAUAAACAGACUGUCAUCAGAUCUCUACACUAUUGACGAUUCUCUUCCCUUUAUUCUCAACAUUCUUGUGGCUAAUUUUGUUGGCCUGUUGGGGAUUGCUAUAGUUCUGUCAUACGUGCAGGUCACAUUUUUGUUGCUGUUAAUGCCUUUCUGGUACAUCUACAGAAAAUUACAGCUGUACUACAGGUCAACGUCACGUGAGUUGCGUAGACUAGACAGUGUAUCUCGAUCACCUAUAUAUGCAUCUUUUACGGAGACUCUGGAUGGAUCAUCGACAAUAAGAGGCUUUAACUGCGAGGAUCUUUUUCUACUCAAAUUUAAUCAGCAUCUGAUGAUAUAUCAGAGGACUUCGUAUUCAGAAGUAACAGCAAGUUUGUGGCUCUCCCUGCGCCUUCAGUUGCUGGCAGCUUUUAUCGUCUCAUUCAUUGCAGUGAUGGCAGUUAUUGGUUCUCAUGAGUACCUCCCCAUCAAUUUAGGUACUCCAGGGUUGGUCGGUUUGGCUCUCUCAUAUGCGGCUCCAAUUGUAUCUUUACUUGGAAGCUUCUUAACAAGUUUCACGGAAACAGAAAAAGAGAUGGUUUCCGUUGAGAGGAUCUUACAGUAUAUGGAUGUUCCUCGAGAAGAAGAUGUUGGAGGUUAUCUGUUACAUCCACAAUGGCCACAUCAAGGAGACAUCAGUUUUGUCAAUGUGACUCUUAAAUACAAGCCACAACUGCCUCCUGCUUUAUGUGGUGUUUCUUUUGCCAUUGCUGGGGGAACACAGGUUGGUAUAAUUGGAAGAACAGGUGCAGGAAAAUCCAGUAUUUUGAAUGCCCUAUUUCGACUCUACCCAACAUGCGGAGGAUCUAUCAUGGUUGAUGGGGUAAACAUUGUUAGUGUUUCUGUAAGAUAUCUUCGUUCGAGCUUUGCUGUUGUUCCCCAGGCUCCUUUUUUGUUUGAAGGAUCAAUAAGGAAAAAUCUAGAUCCAUUGCAAGAGUAUCGGGAUUUUGAGAUCUGGAGUGUCCUAGAAAAAUGCCACAUCAAGGAGGAGGUAGAAGCAGCCGGUGGACUGGAUGUUCAACUAAAAGGGUCUGGAACAGCAUUUUCUGUUGGUCAAAAGCAGCUACUCUGCCUUGCACGUGCUCUCCUCAAGUCCUGCAAGGUGCUUUGCUUGGAUGAAUGCACGGCAAAUGUGGACACUGAAACAACUUCAAAACUACAGAAAACUCUAGCCACUGAAUGCCAGGGAACGACAGUUAUCACAAUUGCUCAUCGCAUUUCCACAGUUAUGAACAUGGACAAUAUCCUGAUUUUGGAUCGAGGGUUUCUGGUUGAACAGGGUAACCCGCGGGUUCUUGUAGAAGAUCAGUCAUCCAUAUUUUUCAGCUUUGCCAAUGCUUCAAAAAUGUGAUGCAAGUAUCUCCGAUGAUGACUCGAGUUUUCGUGGACUAGUUUGGCAACCGGAAGGAGCUGUAUAGUAGAGCUACUCAGAAACUAUCCGCUUUCAAUCUCAAUCUUGUGUUACUUCUAAUUCUAAUAGUUGCUACUUGCUAAUGUACUAAGGUGCUGAACUAAUUUUUAAGUAUGAAGUUGCUGUAAAACCAUUAUCUUUACUUGAAAUGAUGCUGGAAAAAACCUUGGUAAAUGUUCAAGGUUAUAACUUCUAUGGACUCGAGGGAAUAUUUUUACACGACAUGUACCACUAAGAUGUUCUUUUUCACAUUUUAGUAAAACUAUCUUCGAGUGACUUUCA